GAGUGGACGGUUUGUAAGGUAUUUCUUCUCCGUUAAAACUCAUGAACAUCUGGAAACUGGGAAGAAUAAACAAGGUACCUUUGAAUAUUUCACUAAACUUAAUGAACGUAAUGAACUUAACAUUUCGAUCGACUGAUCAAGGACUUAAUACAUGAAUGUCCGUCUGUUUCUCAUGCUUGUUCAAUUUACAAUAUCUUCUCUCUUCUCAUUUAGGUUUCCCCUUGAAUCUAACAGGAAAAACUUCAAUUUAGACGAGGAACUACUGGAUGCUCAUCAAUUUCCGCAUUGAGAAGAGAAAGGAAAACAAGAUGAGGACGAUGCUCCGGCUGUUGAAAGAGGGUUACGAAUUCGUUGAACUAAUCAGACACCGAUUUCCAAGAAAAGUCCAUGCUGUCAGGAUUCCACUUCGUCGUGGAUUUUAUCAGCGAAAAGAAGAUAAAGAAGUUAUGAAUACGUUGAAACGCCUCUGCAAAAAUGGUAAUUCCUCGCGCGUGAAGACCCUGAUUUUACAUGGGCCAGCAGGACACGGUAAAGUGCACUGCGCGGCAAAUCUGAUGGAUCAACUUUACACUAAACCUGUAUGCUCGCGAUUCUUCUGGAACCAAUCAUGGAAUUUUCGAAACAGACCAACAGUCCUGUGGACAAUCAACGCAACAAAUAAAGAAACGAUGCUCGAAAGUUUCUGUAGCCUUGCCAAAGAAAUCGGUCUGACUAAACAGGCCAAGGCUGCAAAUCAGGAACUAUCACUUUUCAGCAGAACAUCAGAAGGAAGACAAUACCACAUGAAUCUUCAAAAUCAAUGUCAAGAAAAUGCCUACGACAAACCUUUGAAACAAAUUUACGAAGAAGUUAUGAAGACCAUCAGACGGCACGGCUCCUGGGUGCUAUUGAUAGAAGGUGCUAAAGAAGAUAGGUCAAGUCAACAACAAUUUUGGCCGUCGCCAGGUGAUCCAAGCCUUGGAAAUGGUCUGGUGAUCAUGACCACUGAAGAUUCUAAGUUACUGCAAGAGGAAGGUGAUGACUAUCCAUUAGCGAAGGUGUUCAUCGGUAAAAUGACGAAAGAAGAUGCAGUCAAAUUUUUCGCGAAAAAAAGUGGUAUGCCUUUAACUGUUGCUGAACGCUUCGCAAAUCUGGUACAUUUCAUUCCCCAGGAUAUAGCAAAGUUUGGAGCUUUUAUGAGGGAAUACCAAGAAGAAACGAAUAGACAACUAAAUUUUGAAAAUUUACCAGUACCACCGAAAGGAGUUUCAUUCCCCGAGUAUUUUACCAUGAUGAUGGAACUAACACGUGAAAAUCAAACGCAG